AUGUUCGGAAAGCAGACCGCAGACCGCUUUGACAAGGAGCAGAUCUCGGAAGUGGGGCCCGGCUCGUACGACCUGCCCUGCACGCUCGACAGCCGGGCAGCGUCGAUCGUCGAAGGCAACACCCCGGAGCGAUGGGAGGACAGUGUUGAGAAGGCGGUCUCGCCUCCGUCCGAGAAGCCAAUCGCCAUCUCCCCGCCUUCGGUGGAGCGGGCGGAGAAGGAGAACCGCGCCCCGGGUCUCCGCAGCCCGCGUGGCAAGCAAGACGCGCCAGCGCGGCAGUGGCACCGGGACCUUCGCCUGGUGUCGCAGCUGGACAUGGUCCGAGAUGAACUGAAGCAAAAGUCCAAAGAGGCCAAAGAGCUGCAGAUGGCUUCAGCGGCCAAGGACCGCAAGCUUGAGGAGCUGCAGCGGAAGCUGGAGGAGCUGGCGGCGGACCGUCGCGAGGCGCACCGCCGUGCAGCCGAGGCGGAUGGAGAAGUGGGCGCCAAGCGGCGUGCUCUUCACGAGAAGGAGCAGGAGGUGCAGGCGCUGCAGCGCAAGCUGGAGCACGCGCGGGCAGCCACAGAGGAGCGCAGCAAAAGAGCGGAGAGAAGAGAGGAGGAGCACCGAGCAGCCAACGGCGAGGUGCUGAAGAUGCGCCAGAGCCUGGACGCGGCGCAGGAGCAGCUGGCGGCCUCCGAGAAGGGCCGCGGCGUGGCGGAGGGAAGUCUCCGCCAGCAUCAGCGGCGAUCAGAAGAGCUGGAGCGAGAUCUUCAGUCCCGCAUCUCAGAGCUGGAAGAGCAGCUGACGCGCGAGAAGGAAGCACGGCGCAAAGAACUCGAGGAUCUUCAGGCCCGAGACGUUGAGCGCGCGUCGGGGGCGACGGCCCUGCAGGCUGCACGAGCGCAGUGCCAGGAGCUGCAAGGCAAAAUCCUCCAGCUGGAGGACCAGUUGGUGCAGAAGACCUCUGCAGUGCAAGCUGCAGAGCUUCAGGAAACAGCCAGGGCAGAGCAGCAGGGCAAGAUGGAGGAGGAGCUGCAUUCCCUUCGGGCAGCCGCCGAGGCGUCCACUGGUGCCCUGCAAAGAUCAGAGGCUUGUCGAGAGGAGUUGCAGCGGCAGCUGGCGAGCGAACAGACCCUGCGCCAGGAGCUGUCAUUGCUCAAGGCGCAGAAGCCGGAGAUGGACAAGCGCCGCGCCCAGUUCUGGAGGUCGAACUCGGAGAAAACCAUGGAUCCGCAUCAUAGUGCUGGGAUUCCGCAAGCCUCGCUCGCCAUGGGUGCGCUCUUCUGGGUCUUCCUGCCACUGGCCAGCGCGCGGCUCUCUGAGCCCCGGAAUGCGAGCGACUCGCCAAACGUGAGCAACUCGCCUGGCCUCGUCCAGGCCUCCUGUACGCCGAGCUUGCUCGAGUUGAUGGAUUAUGCCGCCUACGACAACUUCAACGAUUGUGUGGAGAGCAGCCUCAACAGCUCUGGCGUUGCAUUGGGAUCCGCGCUGGCAUACACCCAAUGCUGGUGCAAAUGGAAUGUGAGCAGCUUCAUCCGCGCCCAGAAGUGCGAAGACCACAAACACUGGAAGUGGCUCAUGGAGGUGGAUUGCCAGGCCGACUGCGCCAGCUCUGCGGCAGCCCAGUGCGCGUCAUGCCCGCUGCUGUGCUUCGAGAGCAACUCGAGCGGGCUAGACUGCACGUGCCGCGAUGGCUGCCGGCAGUACCUGAACUGCUUGGAGGAAAACCAGACCGUGAGCGACAGCUGCGACAGCCGUGCACUGCAGCAGAGCGCUGCGAUGCAAGAGUUCGACAGCUGCACUGCCUACGAGCCUGCGCACGGGGGUUCUUGGACGAAGCUCUCCAUGUCCUCCCGCUGCCUUUGCGCGGGCACGCUGCAGCAGGAGCUUCAGGAGCAGCAGUGCUGCAACCGCACGUAUGCCGCGUUCUGCUCCGCCGAUUGCUCGGUGGAUUGCAGUCAGGUGCAAGCUCAGCUGUGUGUUGCGAAUUGCACCCGUCUUUGCGACAAACCUUCUGAGGCGUGCGAUCAGACCUGCCUGCGCGAAGAUGCCCCUUGCAACCGGUACAAGGUGUGCCAUGUCGCCAUGCCCCAAAGCUAUCCCUACGUCUGCGACGAUGGGGGGCAACCUGAUGCCCACGGCUGCUGCGUGGGGGUCUUUGACACGGACCGGUGUCCGCUUCUGUGCGAUGUGCAGUGGAAGCGAGCGGUUUGGCAACCCAGCGGUCCUGUGUCACGCUGUGAAUGCGUGGACUGCCCAACCACGAGGGAAGAGACUUUUGAGCUGAUGAACAUGACCCUGAUUGCGGCUUUUGAGCGAGCGGCCACCAAGCAGCUCAUGUUCAUCUUGAUGACUCACGGGCUGCGGAGGAUGAAUCCAUCCAUGGAGGAAUUGUUCAGCCUGGAGAUGGAUGCCGUCCGCAAAGAGAUUGCCCGGCACAAUGGAAUUCUCGACUGGAAACUGGUGCAUUCGCUUCGCCUUAUCUCCUUCUACUACUUCCAGAAGCUGUCCCGUGCUGCCGCUUCUGAAGUUCGUACCCUCAACUCAAUGCCCGUGAGCUUCGGCAUGGUGUGGCUUUCCAUGAUCUCUGGAGCCUGCCUGGUGGUAAUCACGGCCCUGUGCUUUGCGGUGUACAGGAACUCCUCAAAGCUCCGGCAGCCUGCGCGCGGACCGCCGGAGCAGGUGGUGGGAAGGCCCAUCUCAAGCAAAGAGCCGCCAGAAGCGACUCCGGGUGUGAUCCCUGGGAGUGCUUCCACGGCUCGUGGAUGUCCAGCUUCUUGA